AUGGAACCCCUCAAAAUCAGAGUUAAUGGCGAGUCGUCCAUCACUCGCCUGGCCGAGCAGGGUCUCCUUCGACUUUCCGUGGAAUCGCAGGGGCCCAAACUAGAAAUCGUAUCCAAGGAAGUGGUUUCAAGGUCUAAUGAACUCACUGGUCUUUUCAAGACAUUGUCUCCAAAGACUCAGGAGGGCACUGCAACUGCAGACGCGGCCGAUGGCCAACCUUUAGAGAAGGUGUAUCAGGCCUCCAUGUCUCUGAGCAUCGUCUUCCGUGAUAUUACAAAACUCAGCGAGGUCGUUGGUCAGCUUUUGACUUACUCCAAUGUGGAAAUCUCCUCCAUCGAUUGGAGUCUGAGCGAAGCCACUCAGAAAGCCCUGGGCUCAAAAGUUCGCAGGGAGGCCAUUCGUGAUGCAGUCACCAAAGCCAAUGAUUAUGCCGCGGAGGUCGGAAGAAAAGUAUAUGCGGUGGACAUCAUGGACGGAGGUCAGAACGCUACCAUGCAACAUGCACCGGUAGGGAGAUCUCUUUUUGGUUCUGCCCCGGUGCAAUCUGGCGGAGGUCUCUUUGGUGGCAGUGCUACUGCUGGGUUUGGAUCUUCUACUUCUCAGGCCCCUCAGUCAUCUGAGAUGCUGAGUUUAAGUCCCCAGAAUAUCAAAUUUACGAGCUCGGUGCACAUUGAAUUUCAAUCGUACCCUGAAAAGUAA